GAGAUGGUGAGGAACAAAGAGAGUCAGAAACACUAAUAAAGACAGACAGAGCCUUAUUCACUUUUCAAAGAUUUACGCAGCAGCAUCUGACAAAGACAUACGUGGUUGACCAUAAAAGCCCAGAGAGUCCAGAUCUUUUAUAUUAUAAAAAAAACACAGUGGUAUAGCUCAAAAUGAAGACCUGAAGAUUUGUUUUUGAAAACCUACUGGGACAAACACAUCUCUACGAAAUAUGGCUUCAUAUAGAAACCAAGCACUGAUCUCAGUGACGAUAAUCGCUUCGAUGUUUCAGUUCAGCAUGAGCUACAGUUUCAGGAAUUGCAUAGAAAGUCCCGGCUCAAACCAUACAACCUUCAAAUGCACUAAACGCCAAGCUCUGACAGUUACUGCCAUCGUGGGCGAUAUACCACUUUCUGCAACAAACAUUUCGAUCUCUUACUGCAAACUUGUGAAAAUUCCUCCACAAAGCUUCAGUCACCUGCCAAAGCUCAGUGUUCUGCAACUAAACAACAAUCACAUAAGGAAUAUUGACAAAGAUGCCUUUGCUAAUCUACAAUAUCUUCACACACUGAACCUGUCCAGCAAUGACAUAGUUUAUCUCAAUUCUUCCAUUUUCCAUGACCUCCGGAACCUCAGCACUUUGAUCCUGGCUGACAACAGACUGACAAAUAUAUCUUCUGACUUAUUUUCUAGUUUGUCUAAAUUAGAGAUUCUGGACCUACGUAGGAACAGGGUAAUGGAUUUCUCAGCAGUGGUGCACUCCAUAUCAAACCUGAAAGGGCUGAAGACCCUGGACAUUUCCUUUAACAGACUUAGCACUUUGCUACACUCAGCCAGCCUGCCACAGUCACUUUCCCAUCUUUAUCUUGGUAAUAACAUGCUGACCACACUGAAAUGCAGGAAUGAUUUUCUCAGUAGCGUCAAAGUGCUGGAUCUCUCUUAUAAUAGAGGUCUUUCAGCCCAGGCUUUCUUUGGUCUGAACCUGAGCAGUUUGACAUACCUGUGCCUGCAUUCCACCAGCAUUUCAAUAAUAACGCUCCUUAAUCGUACUAAUGUGAUGCCUUGGCACGUAGACUUCUCAGGUUUGGGAUUAACAGAGCCCCAAAUGCUAGUUUCAUUGUGUAAACAACUGUCAUACUAUUCAAAUGAAAAUAUUGAAAAAAUGCUCCUUCAGAGCAAUGAUCUAAAAGUUCUGAAUAAUAAGACAUUAUCUGACUGCCCCCCUAUCACUCAUGUUUUGGACCUUUCAUCCAAUCAGCUGAAGAGCAUAAGCUGUUUGCAAUUCCUUGAAGGACAAAAUCAUCUUGUGAAACUCAGAGUUGAACAUAACCACCUUACCCAUCUAAUAAGUUGCAAAAAUCACACAAGAUUUCUCCACUUGAAAGAACUAAGCUACCGCUACAAUCGCAUUCUUGAAGUGAAUUCCUUUGCCUUCAGUCAUACACCAAAUCUGACAACUCUUCAACUGAAUAUAAACAUAAUUGCCUACUUGGAUCGCAAAGCACUGAAUGGACUUAAAGACCUUGUUACACUCCGCCUGGACAACAAUCUUCUGACUGAUCUCUAUAAUGAUAGCUUUAAGGACCUUCACAGUCUUCGGACACUUAACUUACGCAAUAACCAAAUUUCUGUCAUAUUCAACAACACCUUCUACUCCCUCAGUAAGCUGAGCAUUUUAGAUUUGGGUGGGAACAAGAUAACACAUUUAAUGCCCCUAGCAUUUGAAGGGCUGGACAGCUUGAAUAAUCUUUACUUAGACCGCAAUCAUCUAGCUGAAAUUGACGGUCACCUGAUUGGAAGCCUGCAUCGCACACUGCAAGUGCUAGAUUUACAUGGCAAUUUCAUCCAUUACUUUACAGAACACGUAUACUCCCCAUUUGUAACGCUAACAAAGCUGACUGACUUAAAGUUAGAUGGACAGAUGCCAUAUGGCAUAACCUUAUUACCUCAUGCAUUCUUUCGUGGUCUCACUUCCCUGAAAAGUCUUUACCUCAGCAACAAUCAUAUCUCUUCUCUCAGCACUGACACAUUUGAUGACCUAAGAAACCUAAAGUUCUUAACAUUAGAUGAUUCAUGUGUUGGAGUGACCCAACUCAAGCCAGGAGUUUUCAAAAACCUUCACAAGCUGGAGAUAUUAAUGGUUGAGAACAUGGGCAUUGAGUCAUUCUCAAAAGAGGUGUUUGGUAAUCUCACAGGACUGAAAGUAUUACAUCUUAACCGCAAUGCCAUGCAGACUUUGGAUGUGGACUUGCUGGAAAAUCUGACUAAUCUACAGUAUCUAGAUGUUAGAAAUACACCUCUCAGUUGCAACUGUCCCAAUAGUGAGCUCCAAAAUUGGACAAAAAACAACCAAAGAGUACAGUUUAUAUAUCUUUACAACCUGACCUGUCCGGAUGUCAAAGGGUCAAACUUUUACAACUUUGACACCCAUGUAUGUUCAGAUUUUGGAGUGUACUGGUUUGCCUCCACUUAUAUUGUAACAUUGCUAGUAACAUUACUUCCACUACUUUAUAUCAAGCUCUACUGGAAAUUUAAAUAUGGCUACUACGUCUUCUGCUCUUGGUUUGGUGAGCAGUGGCGUCGCCUUCGGGAAGAGGAAGAGAAAUGCACGUAUGACGCUUUCAUCUCCUACAACUCGGCAGAUGAGGAAUGGGUGAUGGAGCAGCUUCUCCCAAACCUUGAAGGGAGUGGGUUCCGACUUUGCCUCCACCACCGGGACUUUGAGCCAGGCCGCAACAUAGUCGACAACAUUGUGGCAGCAGUCUACAAUAGCCGCAAGACGGUGUGUGUGGUCAGCCACAACUUCCUCCGCAGUGAGUGGUGCUCCCUGGAGAUACAACUGGCCAGCUACCGUCUUUUUGAUGAGAUGCAGGAUGUGCUCUUACUUGUCUUUUUGGAGUACAUCCAUGAGCGACAGCUCUCUGCCUAUCACCGUAUGAGAAAGGUUAUGUUGAAAAAGACUUAUCUACAGUGGCCAGGACCGGACUGCACAGAUCCCGUCAAGUCACAGGAGCUGUUCUGGAAGCAGCUUAAGAGAGCUUUAAGGAGCAGCAACAGUAGAUGCCAAGACGAAGAACAGAUGGAGGAGAAUGUUCAGAAUGGGCAGCGGAAAGGUGAAGCAAGGGCAGAGGAAAGAGAAUAUUUCAUGAACCAGGCACAAAUGGAUGAUGAGCCAUAUUAUCUAAUGCCCUAAC